ACUUAACCAAACCAGUUGUGUAUAAAAAAGAAUAAUUAGGCCCAAAACCCACCCCCACACGGCCACACACCAUUCCCCAAGUCCCGAGGCCCGAGCCCGCCUUUGACAAAAAAUGAGAAAUUCUUUCAAUUUUGAUUCAAAACUACAAUUCGCCUUCUUCUACCUUUCGCCGAUUCCGCGUCCACCACCACCAUCACCAUCACCAUCACCACAACGCGCCAUACGCGACCACCACCACCAUCAACUGCUUCCUUCGUUGUUGUUGUUGUUGUUGUUGUUGUUGUUGUUGUUGUUGUUGUUGUUGUCGUCGUCGUCAUUGGUGUUGCGCCCCCUACUUUUCUCCUCUGUUCAUGUGCUCCUCUCCGCCUUCUCUCUCCUCUGGUUGUCGGAUCACCGCAGUAGUCGCCGACGACCCUGCUACCCUGCCUACUGUUGUUGAUUUGGUUGUUAUUGUUAGUCAUUGCUCUGCUGCCUCUGCUAUUUUAAGGGAGUUUCCAAUAAUACAAUCCAAAGUAGGAUUCUGUUCUUUGGGACAUCGGUGAUAAACUCAUCAAUGGACGGUAGAGUGGAGGCAGAGGAGUUGUCAAACUCUUUAGGGGGACUGAGUGAUUCAGAAUACUCUUCCCAGGAUUCUGCAGAUGACGAAUUGCAGUUCAGGAGUGUUGUCUUGAAGGCUUGUUGGAAAGAUGAAACGGGUAUGGCUGAGGUUAUGAAUCACAAGGGGAAUUUGUUGCAAACGAUGGGGAUUAAUCGUAAUGGCAAGAUAUAUCUCUCAAUUGAAGAAACACUGUUUUUAGUACAAAUAGGGGAAUUGCUUCUUGUUGAUGAUAAGGAUACUACAAUUACUUUAAGUGAGGUCUAUCCAAAAGUUGCAGAAGAAAAGAGUGGUUGCAGUUGGGAAGGUUUUAAGAUCUAUCAGCAUCUUAAGUCCCUUGGCUACAUUGUUGGGAGAGUUGGAAUUCCGUGGAGCCAGGAGAGCAUAAAGAAUUGCACAAUGGUACUUGAGGACACAUCCGAGACGGAUAACGUAACACAAUUUAUAUUCGCUAGGACUUCCAUUGUUCAGCCGUUGAACAACUUACAGCUUAAUGAAGCAAAUCCUUUAUCUGAAGAUGAUCUUCCAAAUAAGUUUAAGAAGACAUUUCCUGAAGAAUCAAAAUUUGUUGUCCAUUUACCUGUUUAUGAAGUUUAUCUUUCAAACAGCCAGUUCGAGAAGACAUGUCCUGGGGAUCCAAACUUUGUUGUCUAUCCAACCAGCGGCCAUCCACCUUCACAGUCUGAUAUCAAAGAGCUGGAAAGACAAAGCAAUGGCCUCCCUUUAAAAGUUGGUCAUAUAGAUGAAGGACGAGUCAGUUUGUUCUCUUUUGACAAAGUGGAGCUUCCUGUCCUACCAUGAAAAAGGAUGAGUCAUUUUGGUACGUGUUAUAAACAUUAUAAACGACUUUACUAGUCUUUCUAUCUUAUACUCGUAUACCCUUACAUAUACCCUUCUGUGCAUUGUUAUAUGUUGGAAUUUCUGGAAUGAAUCUGUUUGAGAAGUGGAGUGUACUGGGCGUGUCGCAACUUGCAAGAUAAUAUGAAGUAUGAAGCGGUAGUUUUGUUUAAAGCAAUAGCAAUUGCACUCUCAAUAGUCAAUAGUCACUAUCAAUGGUUGCUGCUGGUUGGUGAUCAGCCCCCCUCCCCUUCAGCUCUAAUGCCUUCUCGAGUUCUCUCUAUUUUAUUUUUAUUUUUUUGGUUUAAAGAUGGGCAAGCUUAAAUUAAGAAAAUAAAAGAGUUAUACAAAGCAUUGAACAGGCUUUUAGGGUACAUCAUAAACAAAAUAUUGCAAUCUAGCCUCCCUAACAGUUUCGAGCUCUUUCAAAUACACAUCUCUAUAACAGAGAUACAACUGAUCAUGCCAUUGUACUACUCCCAUUGCGACUUCUUGUGGGGUCAGCUAGGCCAUUAGUGCUUCUACCCUCGAAACGCAACAGAGUAUCGGAGAAUUUUUGAAUUGGCCGAAAGGAAGUGUGGAAAUUGAAAGCAUCAACUGCACCUAUGGGAAAUAAACAAAUACGGAAUAAAAAACUUAUGAGUUACUUUCAUUGGAAGUUACUCUGUUCUUGCAAUUCUUAGGAAUUUCCUAAGCUAGUCCCUUCAUUUGUAUUCGUAAUUGAUUGUGAUAUCUAGAAUUUUUAUUGAAACCCUAAUUUUUGUGAAACCUGUGGAGAAUGAUAUAAUAUCUAUCAAUUCCCGUAUCAGUCGGAGAUCAAUUCAGUUCAUGUCUUUUCAUUGAAAACUAAACACUUGGAAGAGGAUUGAAUUUGGUCUUGGUGAAUGUAAAUUAGUAGGAAGACCAAGGUUAGGGUUAGUCAAUGAGACUUUGUACUGGAGAAAGGAAAAUGAUAAAUUGUUUCUUUUGAGUUGGCUCUUGAGGCAGUUUCCAUGUUUCUUCAUUUGUCUGUGCGUGAGCCGGGGGUGCUAUCUUGUUUAUCAUGGGAGGGUGCGUAUCCAGUAUCCACACGUGUUUCCAACUAUGAAGGCUCGGUCAUAGACGUUGUGAAAUGGCCGGGAAGGGUGGUUUAUGUUCUUUGUUGUGACUUGGAAUGGAGUGAUGAAUUUGAUUGGGCUCACAAAGGCUGGCAAGAUACGUGUUGCUUAUUCUCAUUGCUUAGUGCCAAGCUUGAUUGUUACAAGUUCAAAGAAAUCAUUUGUGACGUUUCAAAGUCAGUGGAGCACUCGAAUGGAGAGGGUUAUGUUCCGAGUCAAAUUUCACCUCUUCCUCCUGUGGAGGCCAGUGGCCCGAUGCAUUAGGACAGCAGGUUGCAUAAACCAUUCUAACAGAUGACAGUUUCCCGCUGUGGCGGUGUCUGUAGAGAUGUGAACCUCGAAGGCGGUUUUGAACUACGGGACUCUUUGCUAUAUUAUAUGAUCAACCUCUCUUUAAUUUCUGUUAUGAUAUUCGAUCUGCGUAUCCAUGAAGAAAUGUAGGUACAACUGCUUGUGCGAAUUGCUAAUCAAUAAACUUCUGUUUUGAGCUAUGCAACUCUAUGAUUAUCUACGAUCCGUAAUGAUGAAAUUUAUGUUGAAGAAUAUAUAGGGAAGUUUAAGUAUUCGCAUCAGAAUAUCAAUAAUUAUGAUGUAUUGGAAAUUCGUAUACUUACAUAGCAAAUGUUUUAAGUUACAAAAUAAAGAAAA